CUCCCUGGACAGCCGCGCGGGGCCUCCGGCGACUCUUACGGCGGCGGGACUCCGGGCCGCGGCGGCGCUAUAUAAACCGCGGCGGACUUCGCCCACCCAAGUCAGUGGCCGGCAGCGGGGCGCGGGAAAGCCGCUCUCUUCCCCGCCGGGCUGCAUUCACACGGGCAACUUAACGCGCGUCCGGAGCCCCGUUGGUGUCCUUUUCUGUGUGCGGGUUUUUCUUCGCCUUCUCUUUCGCGGGAUGCCGCCCAACCUCACCGGCUACUACCGAUUCGUCUCCCAGGACAACAUGGAGAAUUACCUCCGCGCCUUAGACAUUAAUGUUGCUCUGCGGAAGCUGGUUUGCCUCCUGAAACCAGACAAGGAGAUCGUCCACAACGGGAACCACAUGACCAUCCGCACAUUAACUUCCCUUCGAAACUACAUCAUGGACUUUGACUUGGGGGUUGAGUUUGAAGAGGACUUGGGGCCAGUGGACGGGCGCAAGUGCCAGACAACUGUUGACUGGGAUGGAGAUCAGUUGGUGUGUGAACAGCGAGGCGAGAAAAGGAACCGGGGCUGGAAGCACUGGCUUGAAGGGGACCGGCUGCACCUGCGCAUGACAGCAGAGGAUGAGGUCUGUGUCCAGGUGUUCCAGAAAGUGAAGUGAGCCCACCUGCCCACCAAGCACCCACCGAGUACCGAGUACUGGCCUCAGGAUGCAGGCGGGCAUUAGAGUCCAGCGACGGAGGCAAGACAUUCCUCACAACUUGCCCCAAACCUUACUUUUUGGAAUAAAGUAAUCCAGGUGGCUUA